UUUAGGGGACGACAGUUAGCUAGAAUCGAUAGCUAGCUACAACGUUUCAAAAUGUAUAUAUUCAUGUUUUACGCAUUGUAGCUUUGGUUCAAAGUCCCAAUCCUGCGUAGACUUCAAGUAUUGUUUCGAUCAUUUGCAGUGAAAUGUUGGUGACGUUAACUAAUUUAAUUAAUCGAAUCAUUUACAGAGAUAGCUUGUAGGAAAUGAUUAGCUAGCGAGCUUGUUUUGUUGCUAGCAAGAGUAAUGGGAGCAACAAUGGGAAAAGGGGAUACCUAGCCAGUUGCACAACAAUGUAUUCAACCGAUAUGUGUCUUCAGCAUAAUUUGGUAGUAAUGUAACUAGUUAGUGAUCCAGUAUCUACUAGCUAUGUUGACAUUGUUUUUUGAGUUGCCAAGAUAGCUGUAGUUUUAGGGUAAUUAGCUAAUAUGAUUGUUCUUAGUAAAAUUCAUAUCACUCAGUGUGUUUCUCUGGUUGACGCUCCAAGCGAGUGCGGCUUCGAGAUGUUGUGGUCAUAUCAAUUAUCAGAGAGGAAUAAAUUAAACAAUAACUUACACUAGAAAAUCUUUGACAAUACCCAGUUUUUGUGUUUUUUUAAUAGACUAGCUACAUACAAUCCCAUAGAGCUCUAACCUGUGGUUGGUGUCUAAAGUCACCGAGACAACCAGGUAGAGCUGUGCCAGAAUGGAUGUCCAGUUGUCCAUCAGCUUCCUGAGGGACAGACUGGGCGGGGCCAUUGACGAGGCAGUGCGUACAGCAGUGGAGUCUGUGCUGUGUGAGACUGUGCGUCUGUUAACCGGGCUCCAAGGGGACCAGCAGCAUGGACUUUCCUCAGUGACCCAGAGGGACCAGGACACCCUGGGACUGAAGCAGAGGUUUGAGGCCCCCAGUGGGGGUGACUGGAGGGUGCAGGCUGGGUCUUCAGGGACAUUCUGUAACACAGGACCGAGGGUUAGUGGUGGGCGCUGCAACACUAAGAAUCCAAUGGGUCAGACCACUUGCUCAACCUCCCAAGCAUCACAAAGGACCACCGUGGAGCCCCAUCCCCAGGAGGUGGUGGAGGACUGUGCUGGACUGCCUGACCCGUUUGACCUUGUGUCGGCUGGGCCAGUGAUGGUGGACUAUGAGGAGGGUCAGGGCAUGGGGAUCCCAGAGGAGUGGGAACUGAUGAACAGAGUGUACAAGACGGAGCACAAUGAAGACAUGGCCCUUAUUGAUGGGGGCAGUAGCACUCAAUUUGCAGAUGACCACAGGCUGCAUGAAGGAGACCAGAGGACUGUGGCUGUGCCCCUGGAGGGAGAGAUGGCUGCCAAGCCCCAGGACGCAUUGCACCCCUGCUUCAGCCCAGCCAACAUCAAAACAGAGCGACCUGAGAUAGAGAGAUGCUGCAUGGCUGAGGAGGCCCUUGCUCUGCCUCUGGCUCAUCCUGCCAAUAGUGGUGUGGAGGCCGGUGAGUUUGGGCAGGAGCAGGUGGAGGCUGGUCCACAGGACUUUGUAGGUCGCCUGCGCCUGUGGCUGGAGCAGCUGUGUCCUGAGGUGGUCCGGGAGUACGAGAGGGAGGGCUGUCUGUGUGAGCUGUCCCGCAGGAAGCUUAUCAAGUUCUCUGUGUCCUUCAUCGUGGAGGAGUUUGGAUUCUACCCUACCUCUGCUCAGAAGACCAUGCUGGCAGAGCACAUAGUGGAGCUCUUCCCAGGACUCAGGCUCUGUGCACCCUCUGCUGGCAUCAACGGCAUAGAACACUUGUACGACCCUUUGUCCCGUACGGGUUACAUUGAGACGCGCCUGCGCAACUCUCGACGCACCCUUGAAGACCACAAGAAGAAGUAUGUGCUGAAGAGGCGUCGGCCAGAGCCAGGCUUGGCGGACCCUCCUGUACCUAGAUUGGGGUCUGGGCUCCUGGAGAGACAGUCCAGUGAGGAGACCCAGAGGUGGAUGGAGCUGAUGAAGAGAACCAGGCCCCUGACCAGGAACCUGCCUGCCAUCCACAGUGCUAUGGACCUCACAUUCAACGCACGCAGGAGGUGGAUCAGCAACACACGGCCUAGUAUGAGGGCUGUGUUGGCCGAGUACCCACGUUUUCUUGACGUUCCCACCACGAUUGACCUGGAGUUUGAGAGGAUGUUCCCAGGUAAAGGCCACUCCUUCCUGGCCCAGUGGUCGUCGUUCGUGUUGCCCAGGCUGUACCAGAUUGCAGAGUGUGAAAAACACCCGGACAUCUCUGCACUUCUCCAACUGGCUGCCACACAGCAAGGAGACUCCUACACCAUGACUAUGCUGAAAGUCCUGAUCUAUGUGCUACCACCAACAAACACCAGUAGAGCCUCCUUACCCACCAGGAGCAGUGUCAGGCAGGCCAUUCGGUAUCUGGUGGACAUUGUACCGAUAGACACCAUGGUGUCCUCCUUAUUCUGUGACCUUACCUCCUUGGAGGGCCCAGAGUCUGUGUCCCACGCUCAGCCCUACAUAUUGAGCGUGGGGCCCCUGGAGGCCCCUGGCCGGCAGCUUUGCAUCGUGUUCCCUGUUGAUAGGAUUGCAAUCCCCCUGCCUCAGGAGGGCCUGAGCAAUGCACUGGACAAGCUUUUCAAGCUUCUGCGUGUGUUUGAACUGGGGUACCCAGAUCAGCUAGCCUCCCUGUAUGGCUUCCUUGAGCACCUGUAUGGGCUGGAGAUGACCCCACAAGAUAACCAUGACUCCCCCAGUGGCAAGGGGUCAAAAGUGCUUGAACUUUUAUCACGGCUCCACAUGCCCUCCUGACAGAAGGCAUAGGUCUAUACAAGAAUUGAACUCGCCUCACAGACUUACCUUUUAUUUUUUAAAUAUUUUAUUAUAGCCGUCCUUUACAGAACACCUCCUUUACUAUGUUCUGGAUUUGCCCCAAAAUUAAAGUACAUCAGACUGAACUGAGCAAUGCUGAUGGAUCACUGGUGUUAUACCUUCAUUAUACAGUACCAGUCAAAGGUUUGGACACACCUGCUCAUUCAAGGGUUUUUCUUUAUUUUUAAUAUUUUCUACAUUGUAGAAUAAUAGUGAAUACAUCAAAACUAUGAAAUAACACAUAUGGCAUCAUGUAGUAACCAAAAAAGUGUAAAACAAAUAAAAAUAUAUUUUUGAUUCUUCAAAGUAGCCACCCUUUGCCUUGACAGCUUUGCACACUCUUGGCAUUCUCUCAACCAGCUUCAUGAGGUAGCCACCUGGAAUGCAUUUCAAUUAACAUGUGUGCCUUGUUAAUUUGUGAAUUUCUUUCCUUAAUAUAUUUGAGCCAAUCAGUUUUACUUGGUAAAAUACCAAAUCCUUAUUAUGGCAAGAAUAGCUCAAAUAAGCAAAGAGUUAGCAAAGAGACAGUCCAUCAUUACUUUAAGAAAUGAAGGUAGGUCAAUCUGGAAAAUUUCAAAAACUUUUAAAAUUACUUCAAGUGCAGUCACAAAAACAUUAAGCGCUAUGAUGAAACUGGCUCUCAUGAGGACCGCCACAGGAAAGGAAGACCCAGAGUUACCUCUGCUGCAGAGGAUAAGUUCAUUAGAGUUACCAGCAUCAGAAAUUGCAGCCCAAAUAAAUGCUUCAGAGUUCAAGUAACAGACACAUCUCAACAUCAACUGUUCAGGGGAGACUGCGUGAAUCAGGCCUUCAUGGUCAAAUUGUUGCAAAGAAACCAGUACUAAAGGACACCAAUAAGGAGAAGAGACUUGCUUGGGCCAAGAAACACGAGUAAAGGACAUUAGACCGGUGGAAUUCUGAGUCCGAAGUUGAGAUUUUUCGUUCCAACCGCCGUGUCUUUGUGAGACUCAGUGUAGGUGAAAGAAUGAUCUCUGCAUGUGUGGUUCCCACUGUGAAACAUGGAGGUGGUGUGGGGGUGCUUUGCUGGUGACACUGUCAGUGAUUUAUUUAGAAUUCAAGGCACACUUAACCAGCAUGGCUACCACAGCAUUCUGCAGCGAUACGCCAUCCCAUCUGGUUUGCGCUUUGUGGGACUAUCAUUUGUUUUUCAACAGGCACAACACACCUCCAGUGUUAUUUGACCAAGAAGGGGAGUGAUGUAGUGCUGCAUCAGAUGACCUGGCCUCCACAAUCACCCGACCUCAAUCCAAUUGAGAUGGUUUGGGAUGAAUUUGACCACAGAGUGAAGGAAAAGCAGCCAACAAGUGCUCAGCAUAUGUGGGAACUCCUUCAAGACUUUUAGAAAAGCUUUCCUCAUGAAGCUGGUUGAGGGAAUGCCAAGCGUGUGCAAAGGGUGGCUACUUUGAAGAAUGUCAAAUAAACAAAUAGAAAAAUAUGUUAACCAUUUUUUUGGUUACUACAUGAUUCCAUAUGUGUUAUUUCCUAGUUUUGAAGUCUUAACCAUUAUUCUACAAUGUAGAAAAUAGUAAAAAGAAAGUCAAACCCUUGAGUGAGUAGGUGUUUCCAAACAUUUGACUGGUACUGUAUAUUCACUGAGCUUCUCAUUGACAAUGCAAAUACUUGCAUAAAACUAACAUCUUGUAUGAAUUUUCUGUGGGGGGAAAUGAUACUGUAUGUUGUACUUUAGGAUACCUUUUCAGUUUUUGCUCAAUUGCUUUAGUAUUUAACUUGCUCAUGAUACUGUUGUGGUUUGCUUUUUUUUAAAUAAAAAAAAGAUUGAAUAUGUGAAAA